CGCCCCUCCUCCCUCCGCCCCUCGGCGCCGGCAGCGCGGAGGGCUGGGCCGCGCCGCUCGCUGCAGCGCUCGGCACCGCUCCGCCGUCGAGCAGGGAGAGGAGAGAGAGAGGAGAGGGACGGGACCGCCUCGCCCAGCCCCGCCGCUCGCCGCCCGGCCCGCGCCUUGCCGCCCGCCCCGCUCGCCCCCACCGCCGCCCGCGCGAAGAUGGCCGGCUGGCAGAGCUACGUGGACAAUCUGAUGUGCGAUGGCUGCUGCCAGGAGGCCGCCAUUGUGGGCUACUGCGACGCCAAGUACGUCUGGGCAGCCACGGCCGGCGGCAUCUUCCAGAGCAUCACGCCAGUAGAAAUAGAUAUGAUUGUAGGAAAAGACCGAGAGGGUUUUUUCACCAAUGGCCUGACCCUUGGUGCAAAGAAGUGCUCUGUGAUCAGAGAUAGCCUGUACGUGGAUGGUGACUGCACAAUGGACAUCAGGACAAAGAGUCAAGGUGGUGAGCCGACGUACAAUGUUGCUGUAGGCAGAGCUGGCCGAGCAUUGGUUAUAGUCAUGGGAAAAGGAGGUGUCCAUGGAGGGACACUCAACAAGAAAGCAUAUGAACUGGCUUUAUACCUGAGGAGGUCUGACAUCUGAGCAGCCUCUCCCCAUCCACCUAGCAACUGUCUUCACCACCACCCAGUUGUGUUCAGUGCUACCAGACUGUAGAUGGUAGUUUGUGUUUUUUAUUUACCCAUCUCCUGAUGUCAUAAUUCCAGUUCCCCUGUGUUCAUCUCUAUGUUAACCACUCUAUGUAACCAAGUCCCAUAUCUGGCACCACACUGCACCACACAGAUGAUAUGCAUGAUACCUUGAGAAACUCCUGGGAGGGAGGGGAACAUGCCAAGUGUAGGCUUUGCUUGGUCUUAGGGCUUAGUGUGACACUGACAACUAAAGCAACUCAAACACUAAACACAAGGUGCCGGCGUACAAUCGCGGCUGGCCAGCGCCUCUCCAGCACUUUGAGCAGCGACACGGCUCACCAGUCUUCCUUCAUGAGCACGGUUGGGAGGAUAAAGUGCAUGCAUAUCUUGACUUCUGUCCCUCUCUUCUUUCAUUUUGUAAAAAAAAAAAAAACCAAACAAACCCCAAAUCCACCUGUUUGCUUGCACCCAUUUUUAUAGUGCCUGGUUUGUUUAACCAAUUUGCCACUCCAAAAGAGCUGUUAACGUGACAUGGGUUUUGUCCUUGCACUUCACUGUGGGCUGAAGUCUUGGGGUUUUUCUUUCUUUCUUUCUGUUGCUUUCCUCAUGGUGUCUGAAGCUUGUACUGCUUGACAAGUGCAAUCACAAAACUAUGGAAGGGUACAGAUGCACGUCCUCCCAUGACCUCAAAGCCACCACCACCACCCUGACCAGCUCCCCACAGACAUUCCAUCCUUGCAAUAGCUCAGGCACUUUU